AUGUCAAAGUUUUGUAAAAUUUGUGACACCAGUUCGGGUGAAUUGACAUCAAUUUACACAACAAUUAAUGGAAAAAUAUUAGAACGUAGUGGUUUAAUGCAUAUGAUUGAAUUAUAUAUUAAUAAAAAUAUAAGUGAUAAUAUUGUAUCACCACCACCAUUAAUAUCUGGUGAUAAUAAUGGGAUUGAAAAGAAAAAAAUUAUUUUGAAUGAUGAAGAAGAUUUUGAGAUGCCUGAUGACGACUUAUUUCUCGACGAAAUUGAUUUAAAUAUACCAGAGGUAAAGGAACAAGUUAAUAAAAUUACUGAAACAAAUGAUGACUAUAAUGUUAAAAUAAAAAAAGAAAAUUCAAUUGAUGAUUUAAAAGUUGAAAAUGGAAAAUCGAAAAGUUACAAAUCGAGAGAUGAUAAAGUGAGAAGUUACAGAUCAAAAGAUGAUAAAUCAAAAGAAGAAAAAACAAAAGAUGAUAAAACAAAAAAUUAUAAAUCAAAAGAUGAUAAAACAAAGGAAGAAAAAUCAAAAGAUAAUGAUAAAUCAAAAGAUGAUUCACCAUCAUCAUCAUCGACAUCAAAAAAAAGAGAUUUAAAACGUCAAAGAUCAGCUGAAACAAUAAAAAAAACUCCAACUGAUGAAGAUUCAAAGUUAAAUAAUAAUGAAGAUUCAUCAUCUGGCAGUGGUCGUAGACGUUUAAAAAGAUUAUGCCAACGAGAUGUCAAAGAAAUCAAAGCAAUAACUAUUGAUGAUGACCAAGAUCAUACACUAAAAAUCAACAUAAAUUGUCUCUCUAAAAUCUUUCGUUAUCUUUCAAUACUUGAACUAUAUAAAAUUGAAAAUGUUUGCCCAAGAUGGAAAGAAGCAAGUAAAUUAAAUUGGAAAUGUGUAAAUUCUUUAAAUUCAAAUGAGCUAAAAAUAUCACGUGAUGAUAAAAGUUUUUCAUGUACAGAAGAUGCUGUUAAAAAAAUAAUAGUUAAAUGUGGUAAUUAUUUAAAUGACAUAACUUUAUCAUAUUUAAGUGGACCCCUGAUGAUUCAAACAAUAUCAAAAUAUUGUCAAAAUUUAUUACAUCUAAAAUUGGAUAAUUUAUAUGCUAUCAGAGGUAGUAUGGAUAAAAAUUUAGCUAACAUUGGAAAAUUAGAAACAAUAAGACUACAAGAAUUUACAAUUUCUGAUAGAGAUCCAUCAAAAACAUAUAAUCAAAUAUUACUUGGUUUACAAAGAAAUAUUAAAGCAAUUCAUUUAAUACCAAAUUCAAGUUACAGUAUUGUAUUGUCAAAUGAAUUUACACAGACACUAGAACAAUUUAAUAAACUUGAAUGUUUAACAUUACGUUCUUGUCAACUAAAUGCAGAAGCUAUUGACACAAUAAUUGCUAAAAAAAAUUUAAUAUAUCUUGAUUUAGGUGAGUGUGAAUUUUCAGUAUCAAUAGCAUCAAUAUCAACUCUUAAAAAUCUUGAACAUUUAAAUAUUAGUCAAGCUAAAAAUAUUGAUAAUGAUGCAGUUAAUGAAAUAAUAAAUACCUGCAUCAAAUUAAAACAUUUAAAUUUAGUUGGUUGCACGACAAUAUUACCAUUAACAAUAAUGAAUAUAUCAAAGCUACAUGAACUUGAACAUCUUAAUUUAGAAAAUUUACUAAAUGUCGAUAGUCAAUCAAUCGAAAAUAUAGCAAAUAAUUGUAAAAAAUUAAAUUAUUUAAAUUUAAAAUCAUGCAAAAAUGUUGCUGAUUAUGCAAUUAAUAUUGAAUUUUGUUCAAAUGUCAGUGAAUCUGGAUUAAAAGAUAUUGAUAAUGUUAUUCAAAAAAUAACUAGAAAAUGUUGGAGAUUAAAAUAUUUAAAUAUAAAUGAAUGUAAUAAACGUGUUACAAGCUCAAUGCUAAAUGAUAUUAGACAUCUUAAAUAUCUUGAGGAAUUAGUUAUUGAUAAUGUUGUUAAUGCAACUGAUGAAAUGUUUUUAAAAAUAUAUCAUUUACGUGUGUUAAGUUGUGUUGGUUGUACAAGUAUAACUGAUACAAGCUUUUUAAAUGUGAUUUAA